GGUCUCCUUUGUUCAGCAAUCAACAUCAUUGCCGGAAUUUCCCUGCGAUAAAAAGCUAUCGUCGCCCACGCAUUAUUUGACUUGACGGGAGGGCAGUGGGUGGAUAUAUCUCAUUUAGUUCUGUCGAAGACGUGUGGCACCUGAUGGUGGGAUCCUUUCGUUCUUCAGUUUUCUGACAGAGUGCCGCAAUCAUGUCUCGGCAUCUGGCUACUACUGCCUGCCUCGUAGUUGGCGUCUUAUGGCACUGUCUGGUACCGGCGGCGACAGACAAAUGCGACUUCGAAAAAGGCCUGUGUGCAGGCUUCGUGAGCAACUGCUCUCUGGUUGCCUGCUUCAAGGUGCAGCGAGUCGAUACGAUGAAGUUUGGACCCACCCUGGACCGUAAUCCAGGCCGAGCUGACGGUUCGUGUGCUUACGCAACCGGCCGGGGCGUUGCGAAACUCGACCGAUCAUUUCAGGGUCCCUUCUGCUUCACCGGAUGGUACCACGUGUCUGGCACCCAGAUCCCCUUCGUGAUCUUCUAUAGCAGCCCACAAGGGGCACAUAGCCGCGUCUUCCACAGAGCGCCACUGCCCUUCCUCGGAUCAUGGCACAAGGUGGUCUAUACAGAGACGCGCCCUGGACCAGUGACCGUGACCAUAUCUACCGACCUUGAAGGCCUAGGCGCAAGCCUUUCCGUGGCUCUCGACGAUCUGAGCUUCCAGCCUGGACCCUGCCCUUCGGCUCCAAAGGAUGGUUCCUGCAACUUCGACUGGGGUGACGCUUGCGGGUACAGCGUGGGAAACGAAACCGGCCAGUGGAAUCUGAAUCGCUGGAUCAGGAUUGGGACCGCCAGAUCGCGCAUAACCGCCAUGGAUGUGACGACAGGAUUUGGGGGUGGUUACGCGGUUUACCUCCCUCGCCCAAAAGGCAAGCUUUUGGGAGUGCUCAGUUCACCAAAGCUGGAAGGAAGCGCCCGGAACAAGUGUCUGAGCUUCUUCUACUACAUCCCUACACUAGCCAAGGAGAAAGUACCACAUGUCCUGGAAGUUUUCACGAAAGGGGCCGAUAAAACACGGCAGUCUAUUUGGAAGCUCUCAAGUGAUGCCCUGAUCCACAACACGUGGAGUCCAGCUCAAAUUUCGUUUUCUGCAGCAGGCCAAUUUCAGGUGGAAUUUGAGUGCUCUCACGAACCCGGAUCGUACAUAGGGUUCUACUGUGCGGUAGACUAUGUUCGGCUUAGCGACUGCGCCCGCCCUCAGGCCAAUCACAACCUGGACUGCGACUUCGAGGAAGGCCUGUGUUCCUGGCUCAACGUGGAGGGAGAUGACGUCGGCAGGGGGGAGUGGAGGCUUGGUGGCGGCACCAUCAAGACUACACUGCCAAAACCCAGCAUGGACCACACGCUAAAAACAGCAAACAACGGAUCCUACUUAUACUUCAGCAAUUUUAUGAAAAGAAAAGGAACCAAGGCACACGUUGUUAGUGAAGCAAUUAUAUCUGGACUCCAAGCAACUGAUUGCAUGGACUUCUGGUACAUUGUUGCCGGGGAUGAAGACACAAAGCUUAGGUUGCUGUCAACUGCACUGCAAAACGACGCAAGAGAUUGGCGCAGUUACAACGUCAUGUGGGAAGCCGAAAUCGGGAAGUUCGACAACUGGUUGCAUGGGAGAAUCGCUCUGUCUGACAAGACAAGGGUCAUCUUUGAGGCAGAGGCAGGAUCCGGAAAGUCACUUGGUUACGUUGCCCUGGAUGACAUCAAGGUCUACGCCAACGAAUCCUGCGAAACUUUGCCUAAAAGGCUACCCGGACACGUUGAAGUGGACCGCCUUUUGAGUUGUGACUUUUCUGACCAGUCAUUCUGUAACUGGGCGUUCCGUCCGAGGAUAAGCGGCGUCAGGUGGCGCUUCGGUUACAGAGCUUCUCAGUACCCUUCACGAAGCAACAUCGGACCAGUAGCUCUUCCCGCCGGAACUAAAGGCGACUAUAUCUUUGCAAGUGAGGCAACAAUCCUCCAGAAUCGAGGUGCUCUGGUCCUGACUUCUCCCAUGGUCCCAGAGCAAACCCAGCCUGUCUGCGGCAUCUUCCGAUACCACAUGUUCGGUGCGCUCGGAGCCUCCUUGAAAAUUUCGUUGGAGAAAAACACAGGAGAUGGCUCUCCUGGCUCCAUUGAGGGGCACAUUUUCGUCGAUCACCGAGGCCGAUCAAGUGUGGACCGCUGGUUCCUCGUUCGGCGCACUCUGGACAUGAAUGGCCGGUUCAACCAGAUUACGAUUUCGUUUAUGAGCUGGACACACUGGCCGGCCGAGAUGGCGGUAGGUCCGAUGGAGUUCACACCUGGGCCUUGUCAGCAAGCCACCGACAUUCAAGGUUGGUGUGACUUCGAGUACGACACCUGCCAGUGGAAUGUCGGUGAUGCUAGCACCGGCUGGAAACUCCAGUCUAACAGCUGGUCGGGCUUCAAUUCCCACAUCCGUUCUGGACCGCCUGAUUCACACUCUUUCUUGGAACUUCGGAAAGAUCGGGCGACGAAGGACUCCGUGGUGACAAGCCCGUCGUUUCAAGGACGUCCUGAUGCGCAGUGUUUGAAGUUCUGGUACCGAAGGGAUAAUGUUUCCCUUGGGAGGAUCGUCGUGGAAUUGGUUCCUGGGGACGGCAGCCAGCGCACCGUUCUUUGGGAACAACCGCCCUAUCCGAGGGUUGAUUGGAUGCUGGCUCGUGUGCCAAUCGCUUUCCAGAAGGAAUUCCAGGUCGUGUUCAAGGCGAAAGGUGUCGACCUUCAAAAUCCUGGGACCAACUUCGGCAUCGACGACCUCCAACUCGACCCGGAGCCCUGCAGGCCGCUGUUUGAAUGCGACUUCGACGAAGAUCUCUGCGGCUACGUCAACGACUUCCAAACUGUAGGACUGCAGUGGCUGGUCGGUACAGGACGACUCUCAAGUCUGAAGCGGCCUAGCAGAUUGUCGCCUCCUCCCAGUUCUUCAGCGGACGCAUCCGGAGACGAGCCCAUAUCCUGGAAAAGGUUCGCCUAUGUCGAUUUAAGCAUCCAAGUGGUCAACUGGACACAAAUCACGGGUGGCGACACAGUGCGUAUGCUCAGUCCCAUCUUCGAAGUAGGGGACAAAGGAGACACUCUUCAAUUGACCUACUUCCGAGCUGGACCAGACAUUGCGUCCAUGAAGCUGACGCAGGUGGAGUACAAGGACAACACUGGUGUUCCUGGAACACUGCAAACCCUCGAUCUACCAGAGGGCCAGGGUUGGCAAUCAAUACAGAUGAAGCUGAAGCCCUCAAAGCAGAGCCAAGUGAUAGUGGCGCUCACCAGAGGAAAAGGAAGCGAUGGAGAUGCAGCCAUUGGCAGUAUUUCGGCAGCCGUGGCAUCUGCACAAGGGCAUGCCGGUGAAGCCUGUGAGUAA